UGAGCACAGUGAGCUGAAGCCUCAGUACUGUCUCUGCUUUGCUACAUCUGCAGGAUCCCAGUCUCUCUGCACAGAGGUAGAUCAUCAGUGGGAUCACGCCCAGGGCUUGGUGUGCACUUGGAUGUCUCCAAGAUAAAGUGACAGAAGAUCACGUUUUUCACCUCGCACAGACGUGCACGUCCAAGAACUAUUCCUCGCCAUCGGGCAUGCGUAACUGCUAAAAAUGGGGAACAAGAAAUCUACAACAGCUUGCUGUGUACCAAUGCCUUCCGAAAUGGUGGUUGAUCACCCAGAGUUUGAGAAGGCCGGAAAGGCUCCAGGGCUCCAGAUCUGGAGGGUGGAGAAAUUUGAUCUAGUGGCUGUUCCACAGAAUCAGUAUGGCUCUUUCUUCACGGGUGAUUCUUAUUUGGUCCUAAAUACAGUGAAAACCAAAUCUGGCAACCUUCAGUAUGACCUCCACUUCUGGCUGGGUAAUGAGACAACCCAAGAUGAAAGCGGGGCGGCAGCCAUCUUCACUGUCCAAAUGGACGAUCACCUCGGAGGACAGCCAAUCCAGAAUCGGGAAGUUCAGGGGUUUGAAUCCAAUACUUUCCUGGGAUACUUCAAAUCUGGAAUCAAAUACAAGACUGGUGGCGUGGCUUCAGGCUUUACACAUGUAGUUCCUAAUAAUGUGGACAUCAAGCGCCUCCUACAGGUCAAAGGUCGACGUCUGGCCCGAGCCACUGAGGUUCCUGUUGGCUGGGAGAGCUUUAACACAGGAGAUUGCUUCAUUCUCGAUCUCGGUGAUGAUAUCUUCCAAUGGUGCGGGUCAAAUGCAAACCGCUUUGAGAAGCUGAAAGCCACAAGUAUUGCCAAAGAUAUUCGGGACAAUGAGAGACAUGGGCGCGCCAAGGUGUAUGUCAUGGAUGAAGGCAUGGAACGUGAGAAAAUGAUUGAGGUUCUAGGACCAAAGCCAGACUUACCAGAUGGGACAGCUGAUGACGUCAAAGCAGAUUCCUCAAACCGGAAACUUGCAAAGCUUUACAGGGUUUCAAAUGGAUCUGGUCCCAUGUCCGUGUCUCUGGUGGCUGACGAAAAUCCAUUCACCCAGUCCGCCCUGAACUCCGAUGACUGUUUUGUCUUGGAUCAUGGCUCAGAUGGAAAGAUAUUUGUAUGGAAAGGAAAGAAUGCCAACUUGGAGGAACGAAAGGCUGCUUUGAAAACUGCCACAGAAUUCAUCUCCAAAAUGGGCUACCCAAAACAAACACAGGUCCAAAUUCUGCCCGAUGGUGGUGAGACCCCACUGUUCAAACAGUUCUUCAAGAACUGGCGCGAUAAGGACCAAACCGAAGGGAUGGGUAUUGCCUAUGUUCCCAACCACAUCGCCAAAAUUGAUGAUGUGCCAUUUGAUGUCAGCACUCUCCACGACUCCCCAGCAAUGGCAGCUCAACACGGUAUGGUGGAUAAUGGCACAGGCAAGAAAGAGAUCUGGCGCAUAGAAGCAUCUGAGAAAGUGCCGGUAAACGAAUCCAAUUACGGCCAAUUCUACGGAGGAGACAGUUACAUAAUUCUAUACCACUACAACUCCAGUGGGCGACAAGGACAGAUUAUUUACACCUGGCAGGGAGGUGAGUCCAGCGUGGACGAGAUCACAGCUUCCGCGUUCCUGAGUGCCCAGCUGGAUGCAGAUCUUGGUGGUGGACCAGUACAGGUCCGUGUAGUGCAGGGCAAAGAGCCUGCUCAUCUGCUGAGUCUGUUCGGUGGAAAACCACUCGUUGUCUACAAAGGAGGAACGUCCAGAGAAGGCGGUCAGACAGCAGAGGCAGACACUCGUCUCUUCCAAGUCCGUGCAUCUUCAUCUGGAUUCAGUAGAGCAUUUGAGAUCGAUGUUGCGGCAAGUCAUUUGAAUUCCAACGACACGUUCGUGUUGAAGACUCCUUCUGCUACCUACCUGUGGGUCGGCCAAGGCUCCAGUGAGGCAGAGAAACGAGGUGGCCAAGAAUUGCUGAAUAUUCUAGGAGUGUCCGGGUCUCAGAUUGCAGAAGGAAGGGAACCUGAUGACUUCUGGGAACACCUGGGUGGUAAAGCUCCAUACCGCACCUCUCCACGUCUGAAGGACAAACUCAAUGCUCACCCACCACGGCUGUUUGCUUGCUCCAAUAAAACUGGACGCUUUAUUAUUGAAGAAGUACCGGGAGAAAUCACACAGGACGAUCUAGCACCCGAUGAUGUGAUGCUUCUGGAUACCUGGGAUCAGGUAUUUGUCUGGAUUGGUAACGAAGCCCAUGAUGAUGAAAAGAAAGAGGCUUUGGCAUCUGCUUCCAAAUAUAUUGAAAGCGAUCCUGCCAACAGAGAUAAGAGAACACCCAUUGCAACUAUCAAGCAAGGGUUCGAGCCACCCACCUUCACUGGCUGGUUCCUUGGUUGGGAUAAUGACUUCUGGGCUGUUGAUCCCCUGCAGAAGGCCUUGGCUGAGCUGGAAAUGUGAUCUCCGAGCAAGUUGUGUCCUGCAGUUCCCGUGCCUUCACUGCCUAUGAGAGCCACUCUAACCUGCUAGAGACUUUUCAUAGCCCCACUAGCUGUGCAAUAACCAAAACGUUUGUUCCAGUUUAUACAUUUUUUUUUUCUUUCAAGUUGUACCUUUGAAUAUUUAAAAGCAAAUAAAAAGCUUGAAAAGAGA